CAAAUUUGGCAUUAACAACGCACAAUUGCGGACUACAUUUAACCACGGAUCCGCACCAUUCAAUUUGUCUCUGGAGCAAGUGGCCACACCUCACCGCCCCCUGAUAAAUCCCGGAAGAGAAAUUGUCCGUCCAGCCUUUAUAAAACCUGCAGUUCAGGAUCGGAUCCUCCGUCACCACCCUACCAUCAUCAACGAAUCCACCCCUGAGAAGUCCACCCCUCCACCACAACACCAACAACAACAGAUCGCCGCCAUGUCCAGCUCCGGCGUCGACGGAGCGGCGAACCCGGCGCUGGGGCCGGACACGGACGCGCCGGCCGGCGAGGGCCUGUCGCAGGCGCAGUUCGCGGCGGGGUGCUUCUGGAGCGUGGAGCUGGCGUACCAGCGGCUCCCCGGCGUGGCGCGCACGGAGGUGGGCUACUCGCAGGGGCACGUCGACGAGCCGACCUACCGCGGCGUCUGCGGCGGCGGCACGGGCCACGCCGAGGCUGUGCGCGUGCACUACGACCCCAAGGAGUGCCCCUACGCCGUGCUCCUCGACGUCUUCUGGGCCAAGCACAACCCCACCACGCUCAACAGACAGGGCAACGACGUCGGGACGCAGUACCGGUCGGGCAUCUACUACUACACGGCGGAGCAGGAGAAGGAGGCGCGGGAGUCGCUGGAGGAGAAGCAGCGGGAGUGGAAGGAGCAGAUCGUGACCGAGCUCCUCCCGGCCAAGAAGUUCUACCCCGCCGAGGACUACCACCAGCAGUACCUCGAGAAGGGCGGCCAGUCCGCCAAGAAGCGCUGCUCCGACCCCAUCCGCUGCUAUGGCUGAUAGCAUUUGUAACUGUUAUUAAGAUGUCGGUAGCAUCAUCAAGGACACCAUCGUCUGCGUGGCUGUGCCGGUGCCAAAUAAGUUUGUGGUUUUGGUACUAAAUAAACGUAUGUUUGCGCCGUCUUGUGAAGCUGCGGUCGUCCGGUGCUUGAUCCUGUGUAAGCUACGUAUACUCCUAUUUAUGUCAAUCUAAAAUACCAGCAGUAGCACUGGCCAAUUGUGCGC